UGCACAUCCAUGCGGACGUACAACAGUGGAUGCAGGAAGUUUUUCCAAGUUUGCAAUUGACUUUUAAGGGGAAUGGUGAGAGUGGAUCUCAUGAAGAUGGAUGCGACUCUCACUUUCUUUUUUCCACUGACCGGGGAGCACUGAAAGGACUUUUGGGGUCUUGUUGUUGUCAACCAUCAGGAGAGAAGCUCAUGAAUGUUUAGAAACAAGGAGCUGGAAUGAAGACAUCUGCCAAGGGUUUGAAAAUGGAUCCGUUACGAGGCGCCGGCCAGUGGAUGAAGAGGAUUCUGAUGUUGUACGUAGUCCUGGAGGUAGUUCAAGCCACUCUGGAUCUACAACUGGACGAGGAGCAACCGGCGGGAACUAUCGUCGGCGACAUAAGCGCAGGGCUUCCACCCGGCAUCACGGCGGCGCUCUACUUCAUUUCCGACCACGAAGGUACGGGCGUCAGCACCGAUUUGGACAUCGAUGAGAGCACGGGAAUUAUCAAGACGGCUAAGGUUCUGGACCGAGAACUGAGGGAUAGGUACAACUUCAUCGCGGUCACCAUGACGGGCGUGACGGUGGAGGUGACGGUCAAGGUGAACGAUAUCAACGACCACGGGCCGGCUUUUCCGAAGAAACACGCUGCUUUCAGAAUCCCGGAGCAGACGGCUAUCGGGACCAGGUUUCCUCUGGACCCGGCGGUGGACGCGGAUGGAGGUCACUUCACCACGCAGGGUUACCUGAUUAAGGACGGAAACAUCGGGCAGGCUUUCACCUUGGAGACCAGGAGGGGGAGCAAUGAAGUCCUGUAUCUGGACUUGGUGGUCAACGCCAUACUGGACAGGGAGAAAAGAUCGACCUACACUUUGUCCAUCGAGGGUUUCGACGGCGGUUCUCCUCAAAGAACUGAUCGCAUGACCUUAGAUAUCACCGUCCAGGAUAUUAACGACAACGCUCCGGUGUUUAAUCAGAGCCGCUACCACGCCAUCAUAUCCGAGAACCUGCAACCGGGGAACAACAUCUUGCAGGUGUUCGCCACAGACGCCGACGAGGGUGACAACGGCGCGGUGACGUACGAGAUCAACCGGAGACAGAGCGAUCCGGAUCGUUACUUUGUUGUCGACCCCAACACGGGGAUGGUCGCCCUCAACAAGCCGUUGGACUUUGAGAUGCGGCGCGUCCACGAACUAGUGGUGCAAGCCCAAGACAACGCCACGCAUCCGGAGGUGACCAACGCCUUCGUCACCAUCCACGUCAGGGACUACAACGACAACCAGCCCACCAUGACGAUAAUUUUCCUAAGCGAGGACGGCUCGCCUCAGAUCUCGGAAGGCGCGCAACCGGGGCAGUACGUGGCCCGGAUAUCCGUCACCGACCCGGACUAUGGCGAGUACGCCAACGUUAAUGUGUCCUUGGAGGGCGGAGACGGGAAAUUCGGUCUUACCACAAAAGACAGCAUCAUCUAUCUGGUCUGCGUGGAUCAGAUUCUCGAUCGGGAGGAGAGAGACGUUUACGAUUUAAGGGUUUUGGCGACGGACUCGGGCACACCUCCUCUCCGGGCCGAAUCCUCUUUCACCAUCGAGGUGACAGACGUAAACGACAACCCGCCGCUGUUCGACCAAACGGCAUACCGGCAGGUCAUCCCGGAAGUGGUGUUCCCUGGGAGUUUUGUCUUACAGGUGACGGCCAGAGACAGAGACCAAGGACCCAACGGGGACAUUACCUACAGCAUCCUACGGGAUAAAGGGGUCUUUGCCGACUGGUUCAGCAUAGACGCCGUGACGGGGAUUAUCACUACUCUGUCCCAGCUGGAUUACGAAAAGAACCCCAAUCCUAGCAUAACGGUAGUAGCUACGGAUGCAGGGAAACCGCCCCUAUCUUCCACCGCGGUGGUCAACGUGGUACUUCAGGAUAAUAACGACAACGAACCAGUCUUUGAGAACAACUUCUACAACGUCUCCGUCAAUGAGGACGUGGCUCCGGGAACGUGCAUCCUGGAGGUGCAAGCGACGGACGCUGACGGCGGCUCUUUUGGCUCCAUUAGUUACUCCCUGAACCCGAGCCUGAACGGCGCGGUCACCUCCCAGUUCACCAUUGACAAAGAGACGGGGGUCAUCUGCACUCGCGCCGCGCUGGAUCGGGAUCAAGGCCAGAGCAGCUACGACUUCACGGUCACCGCCGUGGACGGGGGAGGACUGAGCACGCUGGCCUACGUGAAGGUAGAUCUGCUGGACGUGAACGAUAACAGACCUGCUUUUUACCCGCUGAGCUACGCCGUCAGUCUCAGCUCGCAGAGCGCCCCCGGGACUUCCGUGGUCCGGGUGAUCGCCAAAGACGCCGACGCGGGAGAGAACGGGCGGAUUACGUACAGGACCGUAUCCGGAGGGUCUUCACCGUACUUCACCCUCAACAAAGACACGGGUGUGAUCUCGCUGUCUCGGUCCGUCCACGGCAAGGCCAACACGGUCAUACCGAUGGUGAUCUCCGCCCAGGACGGCGGCGGUCUGACCGCCCCGGUGAACGCCAAGGUCAACAUCAGCGUGGUGGCGGGUGCGGUGGCGCCCCCCGUGUUCGAACAGACGCACUACUACUUCACAGUUCCCGAGGAUGUUUUGCAAGGGACUGUCGUGGGCAACGUCCUGGCCAAGAGUAAGACAGGCUCUCCCAGAGACAUGGCCUACACCAUCAGUUCUGGGGACCCCACAGGGUACUUUACAGUUGAUCCAGACACGGGGACUCUGCGGACCAGUCUCUCCCUGGACCACGAAGCUCAACCGACGCUCGACUUGGAAGUGCAAGUCCGUACCGGGAAUCCCCCGGCUUUCGGCCAGACUCGCGUUCACGUCACCGUCGAGGACGUCAACGACAACCCGCCCGUGUUCCUUCCCUCGUCUUCGGAGUCUCUGAUGCUACCCGAACAAACAGAAAUGGGGACCGUGGUGUAUCGCGUACAAGCUGAGGACAGAGACUCCGGUGUCAACGGACAAUUGUCCUUUGAUUUAUCAUCUACGAGUGAGAACCAGAGAGCUUUCAGCAUAGAACGCAACAGCGGAGAGAUACGAUUGGUUGGCGCUCUCAACUAUGAGAGCAUCCCACGGUAUGAUCUCCAAGUUAUUGCCAAAGAUGCUGGAGUACCUCAGCUCAGUGCGACCUUUAUGCUAGUGGUUCACGUCCAAGCGGAGAAUAACCAGGGACCUGUGUUUGAUACUCUGAGCUACAGAGUCGAGCUAAAAGAAGGAACGCCAAUUAAUACUCGCUUCCUGCGAGUGCGAGCGCUUAACAGAGAAUCAACCGGCUCUGGUUACUUCAGUUCUCUUUCUUAUCACCUGCGACCGGAUAGCGACGCGGCCAGUUUUGCCAUCGCUUCGGACAGCGGUUGGCUCUUUGUGAAGAGCGCCCUGGACCGAGAAGUUAAGGACAUGUAUCUCCUGACCGUGCUAGCCAGCGCUGGUGACGGACAGCUCAAAAAGACCGGCAGCGCCACCGUCAGGAUAUCCGUCACGGAUGAGAACGACAACCCUCCUCGGCUGACGCGCGCUAGAAUCUUCAUGACCGUGAGGGAAAACCUGCCGGCAGGGACGGGCUUCGGUCACGUGUUGGCGACGGAUCGCGACAGCGGCUCCAACGGACGAAUCAGUUACCGCCUGCUGCACUCUGAUCGGAACUUCCAGAUCAAUUCGCAUACAGGUGAGAUGAGCACCAGGGCCACUUUGGACAGGGAGCAGCAGUCCAGCUACCAGCUAGCCGUGGUUGUGCAGGACGGAGGCUCACCUUCACGUAGCGCUACCGGUACAGUCUUCAUUAGCGUGCUGGAUGACAAUGACAACACCCCGGUAUUUGUCAACAGCCAUCUGGGGAAGAAGCUCAUCUUACAGGUGUCAGAGGGUCAGUCCUCUGGGGUCCUACUGGGCACGGUACAAGCCAAAGACCCUGACGAAGGAGAGAAUGGCACCGUAAUCUACUCUUUGUCAGGUCCGAGGGCCGAGCGCUUCUUCCUGAACCCCAACACGGGCGAACUGCACUCCUCGUCGCCCCUCAGCCACUCGGAGCGCCCCGAGUACGCCUUGACGGUGACGGCUAGCGAUCGAGGACUUCCGCCUCGCAGCGCCUCCUGCUCCCUCGCCGUCCAGGUUCUCAGCACGAGCAGACCGUCUUCAAAGACCAACUCGCAUUCUAUCGCUUUCAACUCCGUGGAGGAGGCCGAACCGGGUUCGGUGGUCGGUUCCGUGCGCCUUCAUGACGUGGAAACCCAGGGCGAGGUGACCUACAUGGUGGUCGGGGGCACCGAUAAGGACGGGACCUUUGUGGUGGAUCGCUCCACCGGAGACGUCUACCUGGCUAAGCCUCUGGACUACGAGCAGGAUGCGCACUACGCGCUUAAGAUCGAAGUCGACGACUUCUCCCGAGACCCGCCCGUCAGCACGCUGGUUUACUUGGAUAUUAACGUCAACGAUAGCAAUGACCACGCACCGGAGUUUCCGGAGGACCCCGUGACGAUCGUGAUCUCCGAGAGCGUACGACCGGGCGCUUCCGUCUUCACGUUCCAGGCCACGGACAAAGACGGCAGUGGCCCCAAUAGCGAGCUGAGGUACUCCAUCGUACGACAGUUCCCAGACGUACCCGGUCUGCUCACGCUGGACCCUUCCACCGGGGUCCUGACCUUAAAUCGAGAACUGGACCACGAGAUCGACCCUAGUUUGGUCUUGGUGGUCAAAGCGACCGACUCGGCUUUGGACCACAACGCGAGGCAGUGGAGUUCCGUCACGGCGAGGAUUUACGUUACGGACGAGAACGACAACCCGCCGGUGUUCAGCUCGCCGACGGCGGUGAGCGUGAUGGAGGACCAGCCCGUCGGCUUCGUGGCGCUCUACGUCAUGGCCAGGGAUGCGGAUAAAGGAGAGAACGGCAGGGUGACUUACAGAAUCCAGUCUGGGAACACGGGCGGAAGCUUCAGUCUCAACCCCAACACCGGUUCUUUGUCUAUCUUCAAAACUUUGGACCGCGAAGAGCAGGAGGUUUUCAACCUGACCGUGGUGGCCGAGGACCACGGCACCCCUCGCCAUUCUACCACCCAGCUGCUGCGCGUCUACGUGGUGGACGUCAAUGACGAAGCGCCCCGGUUCGAAGAGAGCAGUUACGAGGCCCAAAUCGCGGAAAACCAACCGCGAGGGUCGGCUGUGUUGACGGUAUCGGCCUUCGACCUGGACCAAGGAUCCAAUGGCAAGGUGACGUACGAUGGCCUCUCAGUAGAGGGUUUUACGAUCAACCCCGUAACUGGCGUCAUCACCACCACUCAGCCACUGGACAGGGAACAGCAAGAGUACUACACGGUCACAGUUUACGCAAAAGAUGGCGGGCUUCCCCCGAACUACGCCAAAGCAACCGUGAAGAUCCGGGUGCUGGACGAGAACGACAACGCCCCCAUAUUUGGAAGACUGUACUACGGCAUCGAGGUGCCGGAGAAUUUGGAGUCCAGGGUUCUUUUCACGCUACGAGCCACCGAUCGGGACUCGGGGGACGGUGGGAAGAUCAACUAUCAAAUUACAGAUGGUGACCCUGCCGGAGAUUUCCACUUGGACAGACAGUCUGGUGCCCUGUCCACCUCUGGGCCUUUGGACCGUGAAAACACAGCCAGAUACACCUUGACAGUGACCGCCCAGGAUCAGGCCCGCCCGUCUCGUAGCAGCACCGCCACCGUAGAAGUGACCAUCAUGGACAUGAACGACCACAGCCCCCAGUUUACCACCAGCAGCUACACCGCGGAUGUGUCAGAAGACGUACCGAUUGGCUCUUUGGUUCUGGAUGUGAAGGCUACAGAUCUGGACGAGGGCCCCAACAGCCAGGUUGUCUACUUCCUGAGCCAGGGCUCCAAAAGUAUGUUCAUCAUAGAUCAAAACAUGGGCCGCAUCAUCACAGCGGCGCCUCUAGAUAGAGAGCGAACCGCCUCUUAUACCUUCGAUGUGUGCGCCACCGACUCCUCGCCGUCGAACCCUCGCAACUCCACCGCCAGGGUCACCGUCCAUAUUCAGGACGUCAACGACAACGCCCCAUUCUUCAUUCAGGACCCUCUUAUUUUGAACAUUUCCGCCGGUAGCCUUUCAAACCAAAGAGUGCUAGCCACCAUGAGGGCAGAGGACAAGGACUUCGGGGCAAAUGGGUCCGUGUUUUAUCGAUUCGCCCACUCCGUCAGGGGUUUCACUAUCAACUCCCUGACGGGAGCCAUCCAAGCCACUGAGAAUCUGCAAGGUCUGACCCAAAGCCAGAGGACGUUGAUUGUGCAAGCAAUGGAUCAGGGCAACCCGGCUCAGUCCUCCUUGGGGGUGGUCAUUGUUUAUAUCAAGGAGCAGAUGUACAGGGGGAUUCGCUUCUCUCGCGCGGCGCGAGACGUCAGUCUGCAGGAGAAUGCCGCAAAAGGCACAGUUGUGACACAGACCCAAGCCCAGUACCCAGAUGGCUCUCAAAAUGGUGUCAUUUACAGUCUUUUCAGUGGAAACCAGUUGCAAUCUUUUGGAAUAAACACCAUCACCGGAGAAAUAUGGGUCCAGAAAUCUGAAGGACUAGACUACGAGGAGACCCCUAAACUCCGCCUUGUGGUGAAAGCCGAGACGGCGUCCUCCAGCUCCUACAUGGCGGUGAACUUAAUCCUGCAGGACGUCAAUGACAAUUUGCCUCGCUUCCAACUGCAGAACUACGUGGCCUAUAUCCGAGAGGCGCAGGGUCAUGAUUUUCCCAUUAUCCAGGUCGCAGCGGACGAUCUGGACCAGGGACAAAACGGCCAGGUGACGUAUUCCAUUCGGUCGUCAUCCAUGAGUGGGUUGUUCAAGAUAGACCCAAUGACUGGCAGUAUAAGCACUACAGCCAUCAUGGAUAGAGAGAUCUGGACACAAACAAAGCUCGUCGUCACAGCGACGGACCGCGGAUCUCCGCGAUUGGCCGGCUCGGCCACCCUCACGGUUAUCAUCAUCGAUCUCAAUGACAACAGUCCCAUGAUUCCUCUGCCGAGAGAGAUCCGAGUGCCUGAGGACACUUUGAUUGGCACCGUUAUCAGUCAAGUGACAGGAAACGACGUGGAUUCCGGGCCGGCCCUCUCCUACACACUCUACCUGGAUGGCGACAGCAAGGGCAUGUUUGGAAUCCACUGCUUUGGUGGCGGCGUGGCUCUAACCAGAGCUUUGGACUACGAGGAGAGGACAUGGUACACUUUGACCAUCCGGUCGUCCGACUCGAAACAUCAAAGCGAAGCCAAUCUAACCGUUCUAGUGGAAGACGUCAACGACAAUGCGCCUGCCUUCACUCAGGACUUGUAUCAGGUGACGGUAUCAGAGCAUCUCCCAGAAGGCAGUGCUCUCAUCACCGUAACCGCGACUGACUCCGACUCCGGGGACAACGGAAAGAUUACCUACAAAGUCAUGUCGUCCACCAGGGGUUUCUUCUCUAUCGACCCAAGCAACGGCACACUGUUCGUCAAGCAAAAAACAGAAUUCAACUUUGAAAAUCCGUCCAUCCUCGUGGUCGUUGAGGCUCGAGACCAGGGGACCCCAUCGCUCUCCUCCGUGGCUACCAUCCAAGUCCAAGUGUCCGACAUCAACGACAACGCCCCUGUCUUCCAUCAGUCCGAAUACAGAGCCACCGUGUCUGAAGACGAGCUUCCCGGCUCCACGGUUCUGACCCUGGAGGCGGCGGACGGUGACCUGUCACGGGACAACUCUGGUUUCGAUUUCGCCAUUGCCAGCGGCAACUCCGGUAAUGCCUUCCAGAUUGAGAGCAGCGUGCGCUUCUUGGAAGGCAGAGGUUUCCAGACAGUCGGUAGCCUGAUCCUUGUGGAAGAGCUGGAUUUUGAAGCCGUUUCCAGUUAUAACUUGACCGUGGUGGUGUCAGACCGCGGGAUACCCCAGCGUAGCUCCUGCGUACCGAUCUUAAUCAGCAUUAAGGACGUCAACGACAACCCUCCGGCUUUCAGUCGAGGAGAAUACAGCGUGGUGCUGAGCGAGAGCGCCGCCGCGGGGACGGAAGUGUUGCAUCUGUCUGCCACGGAUCCAGACUCUGCUCCCAAUGGGGAGGUGCAUUAUUCCAUAAGCUCGGGGGACAAAACGAGCCUUUUCCAGGUAGACCAGUGGACCGGGGCCUUGAAGCUGCAGAGACCACUAAGCACCGAGAAGCAGUUAACCCAUAUGAUUGUAGUCCAAGCUACCGACGGCUUGGGAAAAUAUGCCUUUGCUCCCGUCAGCAUUGACGUGAAGGACAUCAACGACCACCGGCCUUUCUUUCCGCUCAGUCAAGUAACGGCGAGCAUCAGGGAGAACCAGCCGAAAAACGCCUUAGUGACCAUGCUACACGCCAUCGACCAUGACAAAGGGGUCUUUGGAAAGUUGAGAUAUUACUUGCUAGAGGACUCUCAAGACGGAAAAGAAUUGUUCUUUAUCAACCAAACAUCUGGAGAAGUGCGGACUCGGUCGACUUUUGAUUUUGAGAAGGUCGAAUCCUUUAAUUUUAUGGUCGCGGCAAUGGACUCCGGCAACUAUUCCGCCACUGUCACGGUGCAGGUUUAUGUCUCAGGGGAGGACGAGUACGAUCCAGUUUUUACAUCCCCGGAGUACUCGUUCAAAGUACCCGAGGACGCCAAGGAAGGUCAGAUCAUCGGCAGAGUGCAAGCCAAAGAUGAAGACGGAGGUUUAGAUGGUAUUGUCUUGUACUCGCUGUCAGGGAAUUCGCCUUAUUUUGAAGUCAACCAAUCAACCGGUGCCGUUUCCCUCAAGAUGGACAGCUAUAGUAGACACGUAAGCCGCUCCAAACGAGAAGUCCGCCUCAUGACGCUGGGCCUGACGGCCCACAGCCCUCUGGAAAACUCGCGCACGGCUGCGGUCAAAGUGACCGUGGACGUCAGCCACACCUCUUUCGGUCUCGCCACAGACAUGAACUUGCUGCUUGUAAGUGUCAUCGCCGUGUCACUCGGAACAAUAGUCAUUUUGUGCAUAAUUGCCGUGGCGCUCUUUUUUGUCAAACUGAGGCGCCAGCGGAAAGAGCAAAAGAGACACAGGAGAACCAAGGCUUCGGCAACCAUGUUGCAUAAAUUCGAGGAGACAAAAAUAGCCACGAAUGAGAUUAUUUACCACCAGGCUCUUCCUGGUUUUGCUGCCGACCAGAGCAGCGGUAGCAGCAGCAGCGGAGGGCCUUACACCCGUGGGGGGUCCUUGGACCCCUCACACUCCAGCGGUCGUGGCUCCGCGGAGGCCGAGGCGGCGGAGGAUGACGAGAUCCGGAUGAUAAAUGAAUACCCUCGCGUGUCCAGCAUCUCCUCGUCCAUGCAAGAGCGCAUGUCCGCCCGGGGUCCCGACUCUGGCAUCCAGCAGGACGCCGACCAGCUAUCCGACGUGUCUUGCGAGCCUUCGAUCGAUUGGUUCAAAGGGAAGAAAAUGGGCAGUUUGAAUAGCACCCUGCUAGCCGGGCAGGUGCCGAUCUACCGAGAUGAUGGGGGCGGCUACGUAGGCGUGGGACGUAGUCUUAGCGUCUCCAAUCAUAAGGACUAUACGUUUCCCGAGGACGGAAAACCGGCAGUGGACGGCUCCUUGACCGCCAUCGUGGCCAGCGACGAAGAACUGAGGGGCAGCUACAACUGGGACUACCUGCUAAACUGGUGCCCCCAGUUCCAACCUUUAGCCAGCGUUUUCACCGAGAUAGCUCGUUUAAAAGACGAAACUGCCCCCGCUCAUCCCCGCCGCUCCUUCCACCGCAAAUGCAAAGAGUCCAGAAUCGACCCGCCGCCGCUUAUCACCUCCGUAGCGCACCCCGGCGCAAAGACUGUUCCGCCAAAGCCGGCCGCGGGGAGGACCUUCCCCCACCUGUCCACGUUCCGGAGGUCCCCGCUCAGCAGCGAGGGAUCCAUCUGCUCGGCGGCAAUGUCCCCGAGUUUCUCCCCGUCCCUGUCGCCGCUGGCGGCGCGCUCUCCUGCCGUCACACCCUUUAGCGUCUCCCAGGGACCGUCGGCGUCCGUCAUCAGUACGACGGAACACAACCUGGAGAACAUCGACGAAGCCGAACUGAGGAUUUGAACUCAAAACCCCAAUGUUGGGUCAGUUUCGGUUGAAGGAAAACUGAACCGGCAAGAAAAACAAUGGACUACAAGCAUGUUCUCAUGUUCUCAACUUUCCAUUUUGAUUUGGACAUCCAAACAGAGGAGAGGAUUGAUGCGUGAUGUCAAUAUUUUGUAGUAAAUGCAUUGUUUAUAUUUUUAUACUUACGUAUGGUUUUCUCACAGGAACGUGGCAUUCAAAUAUGGCAUUCAAGUCUCAAAGAGUUAUUGAAAAACAACAUGGUUUUAUAUUUGUAUAUUUGUAGCUUGUACUGUAUCCUUGUCUGUACUGUAACUUUUUUUUUUAAACUCGUCGCAGAUUAUUGUAAAUAUAUUUAGACUAUGACGUCUUUGCUUGUACAGUCUUAAACGCGCUUCAGAUUGUCACCGGUUCCACGGCGAAGAAACGUAAUCGUCAAUGUGAAGCGCUAGCAGAAUUUGUCCUUCAGGUGCUGUAAAUUAUCAUAGCUGGCCUUACACGCUUCAUGUAGUGCACCGUCGCAAAUUUAUUUGACGAGAUUGAGUUGAGUAAACUACGGAGCCCAGGGUAGAAGAAAUGCUUUUCAUAUCUAAUCUGUACCCACUCAUUGCUAAACUGCACCCACAGGUUACUAAACUACCCACAGUUUAGUCAGUUAUAUUUACAGUUUAGUAAUCUGUAGCCACAGUUUAGUAAUUUGUACCCAUAGAUUGCUUAACUGUACCCACAGACUAGUAAACUACCCACAAUUUAGUAAUUUGUGUUUACAGUUUAGUAAUCUGUAGCUACAAUUUAGUACAGUAAUCAGUACCCACAGAUUGAUAAACUGUACCCACAGUUUAGUUAAUCUGUAUUAAAUUUAAUAAUGAGUACCCACAGAUUGCUAAACUGCAAACACAGUUUAGUAAUAUGUAUUUACAAUUCAGUAAUCUGUAGCCACAGUUUAGUAAUCAGUACCCACAGAUUGCUAAACUGUACCCUCAGUUUAGUAAUCUGUAUUUAUACAGUAGUUUAGUAAUCUGUGCCCACAGGUUACUAAACCGUACCCACAGAUUACAAAACUGUACCCACAGUUUACUAAUCUGUAUUGACAGUUGAGUAAUCUGUACCUACAAUUUAGUCAAAUGUACACACAGUUUAGUAAUCGGUACCCAGACAUUACUAAAUUGUAUCACAGUUUAGUAAUAAGUACCCACAGAUUGCUAAACUGCAAACACAGUUUAGUAAUCUGUAUUUACAGUUUAGUAAUCUGUAAUCACAGUUUAAUACAGUAAUCAGUACCCACAGAUUGCUAAACUGUACCCUCAGUUUAGUAAUCUGUAUUUAUACUUUAGUAAUAUGCGCUCAUACCACAGGUUGCUAAACCGUACCCACAGAUUACAAAACUGUACCCACAGUUUGCUAAUGUGUAUUGACAGUUGAGUAAUCUAUACCUACAAUUUAGUAAUCUGUAAACACAGUUUAGUAAUCGGUACCCACAGAUUACUAAAUUGUAUCACAGUUUAGUAAUCUUUACCCACAGAUUACUAAAUGGUACAUACAGUUUAGUAAUCUGUAUUGACAGUUUAGUAAUCAGCACGCACAGAUUGCUAAACUUCGAACAGUUUAGUAAUCUGUAUUUACAUUUUAGUCUUCUGUAGCCACAGUUUAGUACAGUAAUCGGUACCCACAGAUUGCUAAACUGUACCCACAGUUUAGUCAUCUGUAUUUAUAGUUUAGUAAUCUGUGCCCACAGGUUGCUAAACUGUACCCGCAAUUUACACAUCUGUAUUCACAGUUUAGUAAUCGGUACCCACAGAUUACUGAAUUGUACCCACAGUUUAGUCAUCGUUACCCACAGUUUAGUAAUCUGUACACACAGUUUAGUAAUCGGUACCCACAGAUUACUAAAUUGUACCCACAGUUUAGUAAUCUGUAUUUGCAGUUUAGUAAUCAACACCCACUGAUUGCUAAACUGCAAACGCAGUUUAGUAAUCUGUAUUUGGUUCAGUAAUCUGUAGCCACAGGUUAGUACAGUAAUCACUACCCGCAGAUUGCUAAUCAGUACCCACAGUUUAGUAAUCUGUACCUACAGUUUAGUAAUCAGCACCCAAAGAUUGCUAAACUGUACACACAGUUUAAUAAUUGGUACUCACAGAUUACUAAAUUCUACCCACAGUUUAGUAAUCUGUAUUUACAGUUUGGUAAUCAGUACCCACAGAUUGCUAAACUGCAGGCACAGUUUAGUAAUCUGUACACACAGUUAAGUAAAGGAUACCCACAGAUUACUAAACUAUACCCACAGUUUAGUAAUAUGUAUUUACAGUUUAGUAAUUUGUACCCACAGUUUAGUAAUCUGUAUUUACAGUUUAGCAAUCUGUACCCACGGAUUGCUAAUCUGCAUUUACAGUUUAGCAAUCUGUACUCACAGUUUAGUAAUCAGUACCCACAGAUUACGAAAAUGUUCCCGCAGUACCAACAAGAAGAGACCUUUAAAUGCCCUCAAAUCAACAAGAUGUGACCCAAUUUAUGCAGGAAGUGAACCCAAAAUGCCUCCAAAUCAACAGGAAGUGACCCUGAAAUUUCCCAAAAUCAGCAGGACUCCUUGGUCAAGGGCAACUCAUGUGCAUCUGCUUGCUUCGUCCGUCGGCCUUCAGAGUUAUUGUCUGAAUUUCGGACCAUCGUUUCUGGAUCAUUGCCAAACUGUGGGUACGGUUUAGUAAUCAGUUUUAUUCUACCCUAGCACGCGGGAGACUCCGUAGUCAAUAGAUAGCAGCGCUACUAAGCUACAAAAAAUAUCAUGUUUUUUAAGGAUAGCAAAUGAGUGUAACAACAACAGCAGAGAAUGUUGUAUCCACAGCCAUAAAUCACCAGACCGAUGCCUAUAAACCAUUUAAUAUCAUGUAAGCCUUGCAAAGGUCUUUACUUAAAGACCAGGUGACCACAUUUGAACAUCUCGCAUGGUAUUCUGCAGUAUUUUAUUAUUUAUUGUUCUGGCAAGCCUCAGAAAUGUUUAUGGUUUGAUGUAAAUUAUAAUGCAAAAGAGUGUAAAAUGGACAUGAGCAGAUAUAUCCGCUUAAGCCUUGUUCAGACUGGCAGGCAGCCAAAAGCUGAUUUUUAGCCUAUCUGGUUUGAAACUGGGUUGGUUUUUUUGGUAGUCUGAACAGUCAAAAAGCACAGAAAUCUGAUUUGAAACUGUAUACAGGAGGUAGUUUCAGAUCAGAUAUGAACCAGAUGCUUCUCUGUAUGAACAACUAAAAUGGGUUUUGACUAGUAUGUGACAUGACUUUAUGCUGCCUGACGCCGUCGUUGCCACGGUAACUUGCCAGGUGUGUCAAGAGUGUGAACAGGCCCAGAUCUGAUUUUGGGCACUUGUCAAAAAUAGUGUAAACAGUCAGCCCCUAAAAUUCUGAAUUGAGGAGGAACGCAAUUGGAAGCAGAUAUGUCUGCAGUCUGAACGCAGGCCUAAGUGAUGGACUGAAGGUACCUUUUGGCUUUUUUUUUUUGUAUGUCUCAUUCAUUUAUGGAGGAAUGUUUUGAGCUCAAGUGCCUGAUUAAAGAAC